CAUCAGCUUAAUAGGGCGUUUUCGGAGUGGGGUGAAAUCGCGUCGCGUGAGAGCCUUUUGCGGGCACGACCGAGCAACGAAUAAAUGAAAACUCGGGCGCACGAAAGGAACGAUCGUUAACCACGAUCGAACGGAAAUCUUCAGUGCGAGCCGGAGAACGACGAUUACGUCGGAAAGGGUAGCCGUGUGACGGCGCCACGGGAGCGUCGCGACGCGGCGCGACGCGAGCUAUGGUCGUCAGGCGGCGCCGGUCGUUCGUCACGAAACGAGGCGGGGUUGCGGGAGAAGUUCGCACGAAAGAUAGAGAGAGGGGAAGAGUUCGUGAAUUCACGCAACGUGAACUUGAGGAAAAGAGAAAGAGCCGAGGAGAAUCACGAACGGACGGACGUGUGCGAGCAAGGCGAGCAAAGGCGAGGCGAGGCGAGGCAAAGCGAGACUAGCGCCCCGAUUUUACUCGCCUCGUUAUUUUUCUACCUAUCGGUUGCCGAGAGACAACCACAGUUCCCGGAGUUAAAUGCCAAACCGUGACACACCGUGCUCGCCUCGAUCCUUGUCACCAAUCCACUCCUGCCGCCCGUCCUUUUUUCUACGAUUUUCUAUCAUCUUUUUUGGACGUUCCCUAACACACUGUAAUACAUUACUCUGUCUCUUCUAAUCAGAGAAUAUAGGAAACCUGUUAUUUGUUCGAGUUCGUGCGUGAAUCUAGUGUUGCUAAAAGAGGAAGGAGAAGAAGAAGAAGAAGAAGAGAAGAGAAGAGAAGGCGGAAAACCACGAAGAAAAUACUUGUGCGUGAAACGACACGAAUGCAUGUGAACAUCAUGCGUGCUUUCCUUGAGUGUGUAUGUGUCACAUCGGUACGAGGUACGAUAGUGUCUCGGCGUAGGUCUCUUUCGAUCCUACCAGUGACUAAUUGAGCGUGCACAUUCAGCGACUUUAUGGCUGGACAAUGCGUCGACCAGGAUAACACCGGAGCAACCAGAUCAAGAGAUAUCCUCGAAAUUUCUUGAGCACCGCCUGUCCUACUCGUCCCUGUCGUCCGUCUCAUGGGAAUUCUGUUGCACAAGAAGUCAGUCGCAAAGUAUUCAAGAGGGAAAUCGAAAGAAGACACGACAACGACAAACGAAAUCGUCGAUACCGGCCGAUAAUGACACGAUAACCGGCGAGGGUGAAAUCGUUCUGAAGGCAGAUGGAUCGAGCGAUAGAUGAUACAGGAAUCCGUCGAAUAAUGUGCAACACGUUACGGCCGUGUCUACACGCGAAAUUUAAAGGAUCGUCGUUCACGACUCGCAAGCAGAUUAUCCGAUAAAACAUGAAAACUUUGGACGAACACGUAUAGAGGGCAAACGGGUUUUACGAUGUUUUCAUUAGUACAACAGGACAACGUCGAUUCGUAAAAAAAACAACAAACAAACAAAUAAACAAAGCGGAAUAUAAAAUAAAGAGAACGGAUGUUUCCCGAUCGUUCGCUCUGGAUUGAUAACCGUAAAAGUUAUGGACGAAAUAAAGGUGGCGAACUUAGGCCAAGCGGCUUCGGCCGCGUGCUCGAUGGCAACGAAUUUCUUGGCGCCAGUAAAAACCGAACGGCAGAUCUACGAGAACUCGAUGCUCGAGGACGAUCCCAAUGCCAAUUCAGUGGUACCGACCUCGCAAGAGGAUAGAAUCGUGCCGAGAUGGGGUCCUAAUCACAAAGGCGCCCAGGAACUAGCAAAUCUUUACAGUACCGGUAAAAGGACGCAGGAGUGUAUUUGCGUCGGUAUCUGCAUUACGCUCAUGGUGGUUAAUUCAAUAUUUAUCCUUGUCAGGUUACGAUUUGAAAAUUUGAGCCCCAUAGCGAUGGCAGCGUUUUGCGGCAUCAUUACGGCGGACUUCGGGUCUGGAUUGGUCCACUGGGCCGCCGAUACAUGGGGUUCUGUGGAACUUCCGAUAUUAGGAAAGAAUUUUUUGAGACCUUUUCGAGAGCAUCAUAUUGAUCCCACAAGUAUAACGAGGCAUGACUUUAUAGAAACUAACGGUGAUAAUUUUAUGGUUACAAUACCAUUCCUCUGUAAAUUGACGUGGGAUUUUUUAACACUCCCGGAACCAGAGAUUCAGCAAAAAUUUGUUUGGACGUGUUAUUGGUUUCUACUUGCCAUUUUUGUAGCAAUGACUAAUCAGAUACAUAAAUGGUCUCACACGUAUUUUGGACUACCUACCUGGGUUGUGUGGUUACAGGAACACAGGAUUAUAUUACCUAGGAAGCAUCAUCGUGUGCACCAUGUUGCACCACAUGAAACUUAUUUCUGUAUUACUACUGGAUGGUUGAAUUGGCCAUUAGAAAAGCUUCGUUUUUGGUACAUACUAGAAGUCAUAAUUGAAAAGUCUACUGGUUGCAAACCAAGAGCGGAUGAUUUGAAAUGGGCCCAGAAACGGUCUUGAGAAUUAAUGUGCUUUAUUGUUUUAUGCAUUUUUACGGACAAAAAACAAAUUUAGCAAAAGGGUGGUAAUUCCUAUGGAUUUAUAAUUUCGUAGGAAGAUACAGAGAGGAAUUGCAAACGUCGGAAAGAAGAUUGAACUGACGGAUGUAAUUUUUUUUUCUUACACAUACGAGGCCUUUCCUACAAAAUAGAUAGCGUGAUUAAAGACAUUUAGUAUUACUUGAACAUGCUUUUGAAGUUUACACAUUUAUAAUACAUAUAUGCAAUAACAUAGAUAUGUAUAUAUUCUAUAAGAAAGAUACGAGUACGAAAUCAUAUUUGUGUAACUAUGAAUUAACAAUUGGCCUGACAGACUAAGCAAUUAUACGUUUAUGCACCGCACAAUCAUUAUACAAGUAGCAUAAACUUCAAUAAAACUUAAUUCAAUGUUUUACAUGCUGAUUUGAAAAAAAAAGAAGGUAUUAUAAAAUUCAGGUCAAAGUAUUGUGCAGAUUGUAGAGAAUCUUUUUAUGAUUUAUGAUGAUUCAUAAAAUACAACGUCCAAUGGCUAUGAAAUGAAACUGAAUAUAAAACAUAAGCAUCAAUACGUACAUAUAUAAAUCGACAUAUAUGUAUGUGUACGCAUGUGUAUAUGUAAUUAUACACACAUAUUUAUAUGAAUUAAUUUAAAUUUUUUGCUUACACUUGUUUGCACACAAUUUAAAGAGUGUAAUUUCGGAAAGGAUUUAUAAUUUAAAUUAAUGUGCUAAUCCACACUAGUUUAGUCUGCUGUAACUGCUCGAGCACAGUCACCAAUUUCCCUGAACCUCUGAAAAAAUAUUGAACUACGAAAGUUAAAAGUAAAAAGUAUUAAUUUGUAAUAAUGAUAUUUUAUGUCAAGCGAAUAUUGUCAAUUUAACUAUUAUCUACUUAAUACACGCACACUGUAAAAUCAAAUACUUCUUAUCUUUUCUUAAUCGAGAAAGAUUUCACUCACUGUACAAUCUAUACUUUAUAUUUUUAACACGACACGCCACAAAUAUUUAUAAUGUUUAAAAUUGGCAAUAUGAUCUUUAAUUCUAAUUUUGCUUAGAGAGUUGGAUUGUAUUGUCACUAUUUGAGCUAAGAUGUGUGAAACAGUAUCCAAUAGAGAAUUUAUAAUAAAAGUAAUAAAAUUUUGGUCAGUGACAAGGGUCUGUAAAGUAAUAAUCAGUAUUAAUUGAUGGUGAAUUAAUUUAAAAUUUUAACUAUAUAUAUGUAUAUAUAUAUAGUUGAAUUUACAUUAAUUAUAAACCUUGUUAUACCUUUAUUCAAUAUAAAGGAAUGUAUGAUGCUUCUUUCUACAAUUAAAUGUCUUAGCUCGUGACAAAUGAUCUAACAAACAUAAAAAUAAGGUGCUAAAUAUAAGUGAAGUUAUAGGUUCAGGGACCAAUCAAGGGCCUAUUGCUCUAUGCAGCAGUCUUCUAAGUGAUUGGUUUGAUUUGGGUAAAGUAUACUGAUGUACAAAUAAAUAAGAAGGUGGCUGAUCACUUAUAUAUAAUAGUAUCGAAUUAUAUGCUGGUGACUUUAAUUUUUAUACGUAUUAUAUUUUUUUAUUGGCAACCACUUUAAAUGCCUUGUGACUUUCAGUAUACUUUAUGCAGAGCUUUACCAUGAUAUAUGUUCCUUGCAAGCAAAUCAUUAGUAACGUCUUUUAAAGAAAACAAUAAUUAUAAGACAUUGCAAUUAUUAUAAGUACAGUAAUUGUUGUUGUUAUUGUUAUUGUUAUAAAGAAAGGAGUAUAAACUUUAAAGAAAUUUGUCAUAUAGUAACGCGUGCCAGAACUGAAGCUUUCUCUUUACAUAGAUCUAUUUAAUAGUUAACUAACAAUUACACAAAGCGAAGUGAAACACAGAAGUAUAUUUUUUGCUAAUUUAAUUUUCUAUGCAAUAUAUUAAUGUCACUACCAUUAUUGCGAACUCUGAUUACUUUUUGCAAAUGUAAUUUUUUAAAAACAGACUUCAAACAAUGGCAUAAUUCUAAAACUGUAUAUUAUGCUAUUAAUGAAGAAAAAACAAAAAUCUAAAAAAUUGUAUAAGUACUUAGUCAAAAUGCUUCAAACCAUUUAGUCAUAUAUUUUACUAAAUGUUGAUUUGAAGCAGAGCUUUUCAAUAUUCAUCACAACGAACAAAGAAAAUGAUUAAACCAUGAAAAAUAAUAUAUGAAUGUAGCAUAGACGUAAAAUAAUUACAUAACUCUAUUUCAUUAAUUUAAUUAGUACUGAGUCACAAAUUAUCUUGAUUAAAAUAAAAUGUCUUAUUCACAUUCCAUAAGUCUAAUUAUGUGGAAAUAUUUAUUGCACAAAUAAUUUGCGAAUUGAAAUAGUAGGAACUUAUUUACGUAUUAUAUUUAAUAACAUGUAAAGAUCAUUAUUUAUUUAUAAAUUAUUUUAUUUAAAUUAUUUCUGUAUAUACUUGCAUAAACCUAAUGGCAGUCAAUAUUAACAACAGCCUUAUAAAAUAAAAACGAAAAAAACAUUUAUUAUAGUAUAAUCUUAAGCUUUAAUAUUUUGAGGCUAUAUUUAUUUCAAAAGUUCAUUUCUGUUCUAGAAAAUAUACAGCGAUGAGUAUUCAGGCAAGAAGAGGGAAAUAAUGCUAUUACAUAAAACACAAUUUUAAACAGUGGUAUUAAUUAUUUUGAAUUUUCAGCAACAUGUUUAGAUGUAAAACUGUAUGUUUUUAAGCUUAAAUUUAUAAAAGAGAAGUAUAAACUGCAUAGUUCAAAUAAAACAAACAAUAUAAUGGCUGUAAAUAUAUUGAAUUUGAUACACAAAGAACAUUUAUAUCUAAUUCUAAAUGAAAAUGGCAAACCUAUUUUCAUAUGAUUAUAAUCAAACACUUUUAAUGUAAUUAUAUUAUCUCAUUGUUAAGCACAAUUUUUCAUUCAGUUUUAUAAAAAAUUUUAACAUGUAAUUCAAUGACGGGACAAUGAAAUUGUAACAGUUUUAAUAAGAAUGUUGUGAUGGUUUGCUUGAUUUCAUAGCAUAAACUGCAUUUAAAGUUUGUGUAUUAAAACAUACAUUACAUGUAAAAUACAAUUAUUUGUUUCACAAUCUCUAAAGACACAAACGUAAAAAAAGGCAGAAUAUUAUUUUUAAUCUCUGAUAUUAGUAAAGUAUCUAAGAUACUUUGGAAUAAUGUAGAUUCAUAUAUCAAACAUAAAAAUGUCUGAAAGAGAUUAAUAUGUCAGAGUAUCCAUAUGUUUUCUUUCAACAAAUUCACCUUUUCUUCGUUGGUAAAAUUUAAUCAAUAAGAAUUAACAAAACUUGACUGACAAAAGAAACUGCAUUUGCCACUAUGCAUGUGUUUGAUAUAAUCAAAAAUUAUUACUUGGUAAGAUAAUAAGUAUGUAUGUAAAAGUGAUAUAAGUUCAUAAAAAAACCUUAAAAACCAUAAGCCUUAUGAGUUUAAAACUAGUUAAUGUUAUUCCACUAAUAAUCCACAACGAUGCCUUUGACAGUGUCAAAGUGAUAGUCAAACAAAACUUUAAACUUGUAUUUUAUACUAAUAUAGACAAAUGUUUGUGCUAUCUAAUUAUGAUUUUGCAAUGCUAGAACUUUUACUUCUUUAUGCAACUGACAAGGCAUAAAGGGGGCAAAGACGUUAUCUUGUGAUAUCGCAAAUUUUAUAUGUUUAUAAUUUAUAUAGUGAAGUUGCACACGAAGAUUUAAUAUUCAUUAAUGUCAAAUUACUCUGUAAGUACCGAUAUUGUACGAAAUUUUAUGCCGCAAAGAAAAGGAUCGAAUGGUUCCUUAAUAAAUCGUAAAGUAUUCAUUUAUACCUCUUAUAUCAUCGCUUUUUUAUAUUUUAUUUUAGCGACAUGUAGUAUUUCAGCAAACGUAUUUUCUUUUAUUUAUGAAUUCAUACCAACGGGCUUUUUC